CCGUGAAGGCGUCAACCCACCACCCGACGACGACGAAGCUUAGCUGCCGCGCACAAAUAAACCUCCGGCGACCAAAUUCCCCACCCCUACCCCGAUCAAGCCGCGCUAGUGUUUCCUCUGCCCUCCUCACGACCCCGCGAUGCCGAAGAACAAGGGGAAGGGAGGCAAGAACCGGAAGCGGGGCAAGAACGAGGCGGACGACGAGAAGCGGGAGCUGGUGUUCAAGGAGGACGGGCAGGAGUACGCGCAGGUGACGCGGAUGCUGGGCAACGGCCGCUGCGAGGCGCUCUGCAUCGACGGCACCAAGCGCCUCUGCCACAUCCGGGGCAAGAUGCACAAGAAGGUCUGGAUCGCGGCCGGGGACAUCGUCCUCGUCGGCCUCCGCGACUACCAGGACGACAAGGCCGACGUCAUCCUCAAGUACAUGAACGACGAGGCGCGCCUGCUCAAGGCCUACGGCGAGAUCCCCGACAACGUCAGGCUCAACGAGGGUGUCGUCGACGAGGAGGACGCCGGCGCGCAGGACGACUACAUACAGUUCGAGGACGAGGACAUCGACAAGAUCUGACUGAGAUGGUGAUCGGUAACUGCGCGCUAUUUCUCUGUGUCCCGUUGCUGUGAUAAUUACUACACUAUGUCCUUCCGACCUGAAACUGAAAGGAUGCUUGCGAUGAUAAGCCGCUGUUGUAAUUAUGUUGUGUGUUACGGGCAGUCAGUCCUCUGUACAAGGAUUGGAUUUGGGGGCUGCUGUGCUCUGCCCAAUAAUCACUGGGGAGUCCGUAUGGUGAUAUCACAAGUGUGGGAUUGAAUCAAAAUCCUCUCUUUGUGUAAUUUGAUUGGGUUUGAUCUCUAUGUCUCUUGCGUUCUACCGAUUCAUUGUCUUCUCUGCCUUGAACCAAGUACUGGGUUGCUUAAUUUUAGGAUAUGUGGGCUUUGUCUCA